UGUGCUCCCCUGGGGCAAGAGAGGUCGAGCAAGCAGUUUGGGUGGGAAAAGAGAACUGGAGGAAGUUGACAGGGAUGGGCGGGGCCCGUGGGGGGGCUGACCAGGAACCCAGCUUCCUGCUCAGUACCCAGGCAUCUAGCCCCUGGCGCACCCCCACCCCUUCCAGCCCCCACUCCCCUCAGGAACCUAGGGUUCCAGCCCUCCUACCAAAUCCCAGCUACCCCUCCCCCCAUCAGUUUCUCCCCCGCAGGGGAUGGAGGCCGAGAGACCCCAGGAAGAAGAGGAAGGUGACCAGGAUCAGGGCCCCCAUCAGGAUGAGCUUGACUGGCCCCCUGUGAACACCACCGCUCGGCCUUGGCGAUCUGCUCCUCCAUCCCCUCCUCCUCCAGGAACCCGCCACACAGCCCUGGGGCCCCGCUCCGCCUCCCUGCUUUCCCUACAGACUGAGCUCCUUCUGGAUUUGGUGGCUGAGGCCCAGUCCCGCCGCCUAGAGGAGCAGAGAGCCACCUUCCACAUCCCCCAGAACCUCCCAAGCAUAGCCCCAGCCCCACUCCGGCCUCUUGAGGACAGAGAACAGCUCUACAGCACUAUCCUCAGUCACCAGUGCCAGCGGAUGGAAGCCCAGCGGUCAGAGCCUCCCCUACCCCCAGGGGGACAGGAGCUCCUGGAGUUGCUGCUGAGAGUUCAGGGUGGGGGUCGAAUGGAGGAGCAAAGGUCCCGGCCCCCCACACAUACCUGCUGAGACUUGAGCCCGCCCCUACCAGCCACUCCGCACUCCUGGGGCUCAAAGCUGGGCAGCCCACGGCAUGCCCUCAACUCCUGCUUGGCAGGGACACCAGAGACUGGAGGACCCAGGAGAAAUCUCAAUAUUCAUCACCCUCAUCCACCUUUCCUGGGAAUGGAGGUGGUGAAAGUCCUCAAACCCUGGGCAUAGUCAGUAGGAUGGUCAUUUAACUCCCUGCCCCAGUAUGUAGGAGCUUGAAGCAGUGAAAGGAUCCCAGCCACUGAGGGACACCCCACCCCCUCCCCUGAUCCCAAGUAGUGGCAGUAAGUCCUGAGCUGUGGAGACACCCCCAGUGGUCUAGCCACUAGGCAGAAUCUGAGGGCUCAGGCCUCCAUCUCCCAAAAAAAGGCAAAUCUCCCAAGGUUAGGGCCUGACAGACAGUUCCACUCUCCUUCUCAGUAAUAAGGGAGAGAGGGCAUUGCAAAGAGAGAGAUCAUUCCCCCACCCCACCCCCAGCACCCCCAGCCCCAGGACUGAGGGGCCUACAGGCUGUGAAUGGACACUUAGCACUGCCCACCCCCCCACCCCUAUCCCCCCCCACCCCCGCCUCCCCACUGCUGCUCUGAGUCUGAUGUUUUGGUUGUAUGAAUAAAUGUUAAUUCUCCUCCGAACUGAAGAAGACUGGUG